AUGGCCGCGCCAGCCGUCAAGCAGAGCUGGCAUUUUUGCAAUAACGAUAACAUUCCUCACAAUACACAUAGGCUUGCUAAAAUCCAGCCUGUCAUUGAUUAUUUACAGCGAAAAUUUAACGAUAUAUAUAAGCCCAAUCGACAAUUAUCUUUGGAUGAAUGUAUAAUUCCGUGGAGAGGUCGGCUAUCCAUUAACACGUACAAUCCCGUAAAAAUUACAAAAUACGUAAUACUUGUAAGAAUGCUGUGUGAAGCUGUCACAGGAUACACAUGCAAUUUUCACGUGUAUGCUGCUGAUGGUAAAAAAUUGGAAGAUACGGUUUUAACGAUUAUUGAACCAUAUGAAAACAUAUGGCACCAGAUUUAUCAAGAUAAUUAUUAUAACAGCGUCAAAAUGGCUAAAAUUCUACUGCAAAAUAAAGUGCGAGUGUGCGGAACCAUUCGAAAAAAUAGAGGUCUUCCGCCAUCACUACAAACAUUACGACUUUCAAGAGGUCAGCACGAAUUUCAUUAUAACAGAUAUAUGAAGGGCGUAGAUCGCGCGGAUCAAUAUCUAACAUACUAUUCCAUUUUCAGAAAAGCAAAAAAAUGGACUAAACGGGUUGUAAUUUCUGCACCCACAAGGAGAGCACCCAAAUUAGACAAUCCUGGAAGACUCUCGAAUUUCAGAAAACAUAAACUUGUAAAUAUAGUGACUAGCGGUCGAAGUGUGAAACCCCAAAGACAAUGUAAAGUUUGUGCUGUUCAAAAAAAAAAGAAGUAG